AUGGAAAGUGUGCCAUCCAGAGCUGCAGAAGAGUCUCAAAGGAGAUCGGACGAUCAAGAAGAAACCGCUGAGGAUGAUGGCAAUGAAAGCCCAUUACAGGUUCUGCCCAACAAAGGGGCUCUUCGGGUCCCAGGGUUCUUGGACACAGCCAAGGCCAAGGAGAAGACCUUUGUCCCUGGGGUCAAUCACGCACUCCAGCUCGCCACAGAAAGGUCUCAGAGCCUGCAGCAGAGCAGUGACCUCCCCAGGUUCUCAGCAAAAAACCCCCAGUCUCCGCAGUUCUCUAAGACCACAGCCAAAACUGUGCUCCCCAAACAGGGGAGCAUUCCCAAGUCCCCUGCAGACCCCGCCCAGCCCAAGGCAGGCAGCACCCCCAAGCUCCUGGCGAAAGCCGUGCAGCUCAAGCUCAGGAACCCCCCCAAGGCCCCAGCCAACGUCACAGAGCCCCUGCAGGGCCACAGUCUGCAGGCCUCCGAGAAGGGCACCCAGCCCAGGAAGGGGCACUCCCCCAAGUCCCUAGACGAAGCCAUCCAUGCCAGAGUGGGGAAGGCCCCCAAGUCCUUCGGACAAGCCACCCAGUCCAGGCUGGGCAUCAUCUCCAAGGCCUUCGGACAAGCCUUCCAGCCCAGGGUGGGCAGUGUCCCCAAGUCCUUAGAAGAAGCCACUGAAGCCACAGUGGGAAUGGCCCCCAAGUCAACAGAGGAAACCUUCCAGCCCAUGUUGGGCAGUGUCCCUGCCUCUUUAGAGGAAACCACGCAGCCCGAGCAGGGUGAUGUCCCCGAGCCCUCAGAGGAAGCCCUCCUGCCGAAGGACGACGACCUCUGUGAGCCCGAGGACAAGGCGCCGGAGCCCCUGGACGAGGACUUGGUGAAAGUGAUCUUGGACAAGGAGGACCUCCAGAAGGUGCUCGCGACGGCCGGCGAGCGGCUGGUGGCCGUGGAAUUCUCAGCCACCUGGUGUGGGCCUUGCAGGCAUAUCCGGCCGCUCUUCCAUGCCCUGUCCCUGAGGCACAAGGACGUGGUGUUCCUGGAGGUGGACAUCGACGUCUGCGAGGAGCUGGUGAAGGACUUUGAGGUUUUCUCCCUCCCAACCUUCCAGUUUUAUAAGAAGGAGGAGAAGGUGGGCGAGUUCAGUGGGGCCCUGAUAGAAAAACUCGAGGCAGCCAUUGCAGAAUUAAAGUGA